GGAAUACGGGUCGAGCGAGCGCGGUUCUGAGAGUGACUAGUCACUAUCGGAUCGCAUCUGGCCCUGCACCAAUUUGCACCCCCGAAUCCACCCCCGAAUCCUCGCGGCAGCUGUCGCGUCGGGAUUGGCAGUCUAUGUGCUAUCUCGGACGGAGUCUUUCGCGGAGCGGAGGCGCACCUUGCGGGGAGCUCGAAGGUGAGAAUGCGGCACCCCGGCGAGAGGAGACGUGCUGGGGAGAUGAAGGGGUGCCGUCCGGUGACAAGAGGCGCUGUAGCGGGAUGGCAAGUGACCGAGGUGGACUGGUUUUGCUGGGCGGUCCAUCGACAUCGAUAAAGGCCCGUCUAGGCAGCGUACACUCGUCCGCUGCACAGAUCGAGGAGGAUGCCGGAUGACGCCAGAUCGGAUCAAGAUCCGUCCUCUCUCCCCGUACUAGUAUAAGUGCGUAGCCACAAUCCACCGACGCACUCUCUACGCCUCCUUGAUUAUCUCCAUAAUCAUCCGUCCACCAGCCACGACCAUGGGUGUCACUGUAGAGGUCAUCACUCCCGGAGACGGCAAGACCUUCCCGCGCAGGGGCGACAAGGUCACGAUUCACUACGUUGGCACGCUCCUCGACGGCAAGAAGUUCGACUCCAGUCGGGAUCGUGGUCAGCCCUUCGAGACUGAGAUCGGUGUGGGCAAGGUGAUCAAGGGCUGGGACGAGGGUGUACCACAGCUGUCCCUGGGCGAGAAGGCUGUCCUGACGGCGACACCGGAUUUUGCGUAUGGCGCACGCGGCUUCCCACCGGUGAUCCCUCCUAAUUCGGUGCUCCGGUUCGAGGUCGAGCUGCUCAGGAUCAACUGA